GUGUUCGUAUUGCUUCCAGUGUGGUUGGCUGUUCUGUGUCUCUCUCCUCACCAGACCACAGUGUUGUGCAUUUGUGUAUUUUUUUUUGCCUACUCUACUGAACCGGAAAAGCACGUUGCGUAACUUUUUUUUUGCAUCAACUUAUCAAAUGGAUUUAUGUGAACAAUUGAGCGCAGAAUAAGAUCGAGAAUUGACCAUAAUAGUGCUUUUAUUCAACGUUAAAAGUGACGCAGUUUGAUGAUUAUGACGCCAGAAGUCACAACAUGAAUACCCGGAUGAGGAUGUUUUCUGUGCUUCUCACUGUUUGUUUCAGUCUGGCCUUUGCCAUUGCAUUGCCACAGAAAUCCAAUCCCAAUGCCAUCAGAGUUAACAAGUGUUGUGAAAAAUUUGAACUACUCGUGGAUGCUGUAUGCACAAAUCUCAAUGAUUCAGCAGCAGAAUCUUCAGGACCUUGGGCACCAAUUUUUACUGGGUACAAUGGCGAGGAAAAUGUUCAGGUGGCUGAAUGGAGAUACAUAAUUGGUCUUCCUGACUGUGGUCCACUUCAAAUGUGGCCAAUUUAUCACUAUAUCACAAGCGCGGAUAAACUUGUUCUGCUACCAGAUGGAAAGAUGCGACAUUUCAUCAAGAAUUCCAAUGAUGCUGAUGACUUUCACAAACACAUCGCCGAGACAGAUGACAAGCCAAUGUUCUAUGACUACGAACCUGGACAGUAUUGCAUGGAUAAGGCUGUCCUGACAAAAGGAGCUAAGACUAAACAGGCACAAUUUGCCAUUGUCUGCAGCCCAGAAAAAGUUACACAUUGGACAGAUACUGAUUUUCUUCUGCGAAAAAUCAUCAAUCCAAUCUUCCAUGGCAUUUCAAUGAUCAUCCUCCUGAUCAUUGCUAUCAUCUACUUCGUGCUGCCGAGUCUCAGAGAUCUCGUCGGCAAUAUUGUUACGACAAUAACCGUGUGCCUUAUCGUCAAUCAAGCAGCUGAUCUCGUGAGAAUUUUCACAGAGUUCAGUAGUCAUGUGAGCUUCUUAGUAGCCGAUACUAUUCACUACCUGAGCCUCCUAGCUGCCUUCUUCUGGCUCAACAGCAUGGGCUAUUACAUAUGGAAGACGUUCAGAUCCCGAAAUGUCUUCUUAAGAGUAACAGACGGCAGAAAGUACUGCUGGUACUCAGGAUAUGCAUGGGGAUCAACAAUUGUGAUGUCUGGCCUGGCGACAUUUGCUCAUGUCUUCCUGGACACAGCACAGUCAAAGAGGCACAGUUUGGUGGAGGAUCAAGAAUCAAUGGGCUGGUUGGGUAUUGCAAUGUUCUUCACACCAAUAGCCGUUAUCAUUAGCAUCAAUAUCUUCUUCUACGUCACCACACAAAAGAUCAUCAAUCGCAUGAACACCUACGGCAGAAUUCAUCACAAACUGAAAGCCAGUUUUGUCAUGUUCUCCCUAAUGUUUGCAGUGAUGAGUCUAGCAUGGCUGUUUCUGGUGCUCUCUUGGGUACGCUAUGACGUCUUCCUGUAUACCCACAUUGUGGUGAAUGCCCUCCAAGCACCCCUACUCCUCUAUAUCUGUGUUUUGCGGCAGAAACACGUGACAUUUCUGCUGAAAAAAUCUUGCUGCUACAAUGAGCCACCAAGUGCCACGGAUUGGGGAGAUGAGAUGACAUACAUGAAUGGCGGAGAUUACUGAAGAAGAAGAAGCCACCCAAGUGCUCAAGAGUGUCACAAAGGAUUCACCCAAAGUGUCUCCCUUUUUUUGACCUCACAGAAACAAGUCAACGAAUAUCCAGAGAGUUCAAUGUCCCGUCCCAGUCUUCUGACCAUACUUUUAUCGAUUUCAACACCCCAACUACAUUCAACCACCACGACUGAGCCCUCUAAAAAGCAAGGCCACAAAUGAAAUGACUAAAGAAUGACGUGAUUGUUUAUCUUUUCACACGAUAAUUCCAUUUCAGGAAAGGAGUAGUGCUUCCUAAAUACUUCUUUCUCGGGAUUCAAAAACUAAAGGUUUAGCCCAGUUCCUGAAUAUUUUCGAAAUCCUAAAUAAGUAAUUUUAGUGGAUCUUUAUUAUUAAAUCUCAAGUCAAAUUUAUUCCGAAAAUUCUAAUUGAUAAGAAAUUAGAGAAGUUAAGCCAUAUGGCUAAAAGAUCUGAAGCUCUAUAUAAGGCUCACUAAGACUUAGGAUUUGUUCAAAAAUAAUUUAAAAAUUAACAAUUGUGGGAGGAGUUACGGCCUACCAAAAAUUGAUUUUUAACCUGUGAUUAUUUCCUGAUCUAUUAAGUCAGUUUUAAGUAUGUCGUAAACCUAUUCAAAAGUGCUCAAAAUAUAAUAUUUCUGCACUGAGAGAAAUCCGAAAAAGUUAAAAUAACAUUACGGAAAUGUUUAUUUUACCCUGCAAUAUUGAUCCGAAAUCGGUGUAAAUAUUAUGCUUUUUAGGUGUAUUAGGGGUUAAAGUUAUCCUUUUUCAUGUUAAUUUUACCCUUAAAGUUUCAAAUUAACAUUAAAAAAUGUUGAUAUAUUUUUAAACCUAAAAAGCUUUAAAAGUAUGAGGAAAAAAAAUUAAUCGCAACCCCGUUUUUUUUCUUAGUGUGACUUUUUUAAAGUUGGAUUUAUAACUCGAGUUUAGAAACAGCAGCCUUAUGCCAGCUUCAGACUGGAGGUUUAGCCCGGUUCCCGAAGGUUUCAAAAAUCUUAAUAACAAGCAAUUUUAUUGAUUUUCUAAAAUCUAAUGGAUCAUUUGCCCUUAAUAUUUAAUCCUAAACAACAAUUUCCUAAAAAAUCAUGCCUGAUAAGGGAUUAGGAAAGUUAAGCCAGAUGGCUAAGCCUUAGGUCUGAAGAUCGUAUUAGAAACCUUUUCGAUCCAUGAAAACUUUCAGAUUUUCAUUUGCUUUGUUUGAGCACUUUAUGUAUAGAUCUUUACUCUUAAGAUUUCUGUAAUAUUUUUGAACUAUUUACAAACUUACAUUUCAAUUUUUAUACAGAGUAUUUAUUAUUAAUUAAAUAAAUCAUGGCAAAUAAAGUCAAUAAGUCAAAAAAAAAUUUCAAAGCCCAGUUUAUUUUUCAUAGAAAACAUUAUUUAAAAAUGUUUGUUUUUAAGAAAAAUCAAUUGGAUGUUUUUUUUUCAAAUUGCAAAACUUUGCAAAAUAAAGAAAUCUAAAUAUCUAUUUGUUUAAAUUUUUCAGAAAAAAAACUAGAAAAUACAUGAAAAAUUGAUCAAAUUGCUUUAAAUACUUUAAACGAAAAUUAAACAAUUUAGUUAUCGGUUUACGGUUAUAUAUGUUUUUUCAAUACUUAGUCUUUUGAUUUUUUUCGUCUUGGCGAAAAAAGUGCAAAUUUUCCGUGCCUUGCUGAAUAGUAUUUAGUAAAAUUCUCCAAAAACUGACCAAAAAUUUAUAAUUUCAGAUUGAAUGGAAUUUCGGACAUCACAAAUUUCCGGACAAACCGAUUUAGAAUUAGAUAACUCUCUCGAAACUUGAUUUAAAAAAUUAAUAAAGUAUUGUUCAAAUUGCAUGAUUACUAAAGUCCGAAUUUCCAAAUUUAUUUUUCCGGAAUUCUCCGUUGUCCAGAACUCCGAAUUUUCCGCUAUGCAUUUUUUUUCGAAAAAUUAAAUUUGUCGAAAAAAUUCUAUUCUUUGAGAUUUUUACAAAGUACAGGGGUUACAGGUACCCUUUAGGGCGAAAAGAAGUUAAUUCUGUCAUCUUUUUUGUGCUCAAAAAUUUCUUCUUCAGAAUUCCUGAUAGAAGAAAAUUUGAAAAAAUGAAUACUGAACCGGUCUUAACUCCUGUAUCGUUGUUUUAUUUUUUCUUUGCAUAACAUUUUGGAUUUUUUUUUAUUGAAGUGGAUUAUGUCACGAAAUAAAUCUUCAAAACCGGUGUCGGCCAAAAUUUCGAAAGAAAAAAUCCCUAAUGGAUGUAAAUCCCGAAAAUCAAAAUCCCAAAUAGCCAAUAUCCUGAAAGACAGAAUACUGAAAGUAGAAUUCCAAAAAAAGCCAAAAUCCUGAAAACCCAAAAUGUCGAAUGAUUAAUAUCCUGAAAGGAACAGAAUUGCUUCCAAAAUUUUGGCAUUCCGGGAUUUCUGCUUGCGGGAUUUUGUUUUUCAGGAUUUGGGCUUUUUGGAAUUUCGAUACAUUCGGGAUUUUGAUGUAUUCGCAAUUUUAUUUUUCGAGAUUUUGACUUUCAAGAUUUUAUCUUUCGGGAUUUUGGCUUUUCGGGAUUUUGUUUUUCAGGAUUUUGGCUUUCCGGAAUUUCGAUACAUUCGGGAUUUUGAUCUAUUCGGAAGUUUGUUUUUCGGGAUUUUGACUUUAAGAAUUUUGUCUUUCGCGAUUUUGCCUUUAUGGGAUUUUGUUUUUCAGGAUUUUGGCUUUCCGGAAUUUAGAUACAUUUACGAUUUUUUUAUCUAUUCAGAAUUUAUUUUUCGGGAUUUUGACUUUCAGAAUUUUGUCUUUCGGGAUUUCGCCUUUUUAAGAUUUUGUUUUUCAUGAUUUUGGUUUUCCGAAAUUUCGAUACAUUCGGGAUUUUGAUCUAUUCAGAAGUUUGUUUUUCGGGAUUUUGACUUUCAGAAUUUUGUCUUUCGGGAUUUCGUCUUUUUGGGAUUUUGUUUUUCGGAAUAUUGACUUUCAAGAUUGUUCUUCGGGAUUUUGUUUUUUUUUUAGAAUUUUGGCUUUCCGGGAUUUCCGCUUUCGGAAGUUUGUUUUUCGGGAUUUUGACUUUCAGGAUUUUGUCUUUCGCGAUUUUGGCUUUUCGGGAUUCAAGAUUUUGGUUUUCCGGGAUUUCGAUCCAUUCGCAAUUUUAGCCUUUCGGGAUUUCAACCGGGAUCCCUUGAAAACGUAUCUUGAGAAUAUGAACUUUGUUCUCUUAAAUGGCCAAUAAUUUUAUUCGAUGUUUCAGGUUAUAUUAGUUCUAACCUCAAAAAUUUUAAAUACAAUUUAUGUGACACUAUCUUCUACUCUCUCCUUUUGAAAGAAUUUUUGAUCAGUAAUUUAGCUACGACAAAAGAACAUCAUAAAGAUGCUUUUGAAUUUUUAACAAACCAAUUUCUUUACUUAAAGUGAGGUUAUGGUGAACAUAACCUCCAUUAAUUAGGCCAUAAUUUUUCUUACAAAUAUUUUUAGCACUUCAGAGACAAAUAGAUUUAUCUUUGUGCUGAAUUUAUAUUGCAACAUAUCCCCCCCCUCAAAAAGUUGCAUUAAAAAUAAUUACGUCAUUCUUUAGGAAAUCCCCGGAAAUAUUUGAACUGAAAUAUAUUCAUAUCAUAAAUUUCUUUUAGAAUUUUUUUUAGAAUUCUAAAAGUAAAUCUGCCUUAAUCAGAACGAAAUGCCCCAGGAGAAUUCAGAAAUAACUCAAAAUCAGAAUCUCUUGAUUGAUACUCCAAGAAAAUCCAUGAGAAUUCUUUAAAAAAAUCUGUUUUUGUACUUAAAAACUUGAAAAAAAAGUCCUUUUUGCAAAGAUCUUUCAAUUUCUCUCUAGAAAUGAUCUUAUUGUGUAAGGAAGUAAUUUGUAGUUAAUUUGUGUAAAUUAUUAAAGAAGAUUUGACUUACCUGUGUAAA